UACGUGACCGCCGGCGGAUUUUAGCAAAACCCACAAAAGGGCUGCGAAAGAGAGUUACGGGACAGUGUUAGCUCUCCACUCUCCGUUACUCUGCAAAAGCAGUGAAGAGAGAGCACCCAAUCUCCGGGGCUCACGAUUCUCGCGUUCUUCACCUUCCGCCAUCUUCUUCCGGCGUCUCUCGCAUUCUCGGCGGGAAUCGGAAUCAAAGGACGGAGCUUUCACGGCAUGGAAGUAGAGGAAUCCAAUUCCAGCCCCCUCAAUCAUACCCCCGAUGAUGACCAGUCACCGCAGUCUUCCAAGAAAUUCAGUCCCAGACGGUAUCAGUCGGAGGUGUAUGAGGUUGCGCGGCGGAAGAACACGAUAGCGGUGCUGGAAACCGGUUCCGGGAAGACGAUGAUAGCUGUGAUGCUCAUCAGAGACUACGAAGGCUGCCAAACUAUUAAUUCAAGUAGUGGUGCCAAAAAAUUGAUUAUUUUCUUGGCUCCAACUGUUCAUCUUGUUCACCAGCAAUUUAAGGUUAUUAAAGAAAGCACAAAUUGUAGAGUGGGAGAGUAUUAUGGAGCCUUGGGGGUGGACUCGUGGAACAUGGAGUGCUGGGAAAAGGAAAUAAAUGAGCACGAUGUGCUAGUUAUGACCCCCCAGAUUCUUUUGGAUGCCUUAAGAAAUGCAUUCUUGAGUUUGGAAGCAGUAUGGUUGAUGAUUGUUGAUGAGUGCCAUCGGGCUAUUGGGAACCAUCCAUAUACAAAGAUAAUGAAGGAAUUUUAUCACAAGUCUAGUAAAAAGCCAAAGAUUUUUGGCUUGACGGCAUCACCUGUUAUUAAAAAAGGCAUCUCAUCCACAAAGGAUUGUGAGGGGCAGUUAUCAGAACUUGAAAGCACUUUAGAUUCCCAGAUUUAUACUAUUAAGGACAUAACAGAGAUGGAAGUAUGUGUCACCUCUGCAAAAGAAACAUGUAGAUUUUAUGGCCAAGCAUGGUUUCCGUGUUCAGAUUUGAAAGAAAAGAUGAAAGCCUCUUGGUCCAAGGUUGAUGCUUCAUUGUCAAAGUUGCAAGAAUCAGUAGAAAGUAAUGUGAAUGACAUGGAGGAUAAAAUUAAGACAUUGCGGAAACGAAUGUCUAAUGACUACACAAAGAUCUUGUAUUGCCUUGAUGACCUUGGUCUCAUAUGUACUUACGAGGCUGUUAAGAUCUGUUUAGAGAAUGCUCCGAAGUGCAACGAGGUGAUUGAACUUUAUAGAGAAGGCUCUUUGCAGUGCAGAUGUUUUCUUGAGGAAGUGUUUGGUAUAAUUAAGGAAUCAUUUCUGCACGGUUCUGAAAAUUUUUUGGAUUUCGGGUUUGACUAUUUGAAGGCAGUAGAUGUGGGCUACAUAUCUCCAAAAUUAAAUGAACUUGUUCAAAUUUUUCAUUCUUUUGGAAGAUCUAGGGAAGUACGGUGCCUCAUAUUUGUUGAUAAAAUCAUCACAGCUAAAGUGAUUGAGAGAUUCAUUAAGAAAGUUACCUCCCUGUCUCAUUUUACGGUUUCCUAUUUGACUGGAAGCACUACAUCAGUUGAUGCUCUGGCGCCGAAAAUACAAAAGGAGACAUUGGAGUUAUUCUGCUCUGGGGCGGUCAAUUUAUUAUUUGCUACCGAUGUAGUUGAGGAGGGAAUUAAUGUUCUGAGCUGCUCCUGUGUGGUACGUUUCGACUUGCCAAAGACAGUGCGUAGUUAUGUCCAGUCAAGGGGACGAGCUCGGCAAGAUAACUCUCAAUUCAUCACAAUGCUGGAGAGGGGAAACAAGAAACAAAGGGAUCAACUAUAUGAGAUUGUCAAGAGUGAGUGUUUGCUGAUAGAUACAGCUGUCAAAAGAGAUCCUGAAGCAUGCAUUUUGAAAGAAUGUAUUUUGGAGGAAACAAAUAUAUAUACUGUGGAUUCCACCAGAGCAUUAGUCACUGCAGAUUCCAGUGUCAGUCUUAUACAUAAAUAUUGUGAAACGCUGCCUAGGGAUAAGUACUUCACUCCAAACCCAACUUUUCAUUUCUCAUAUCUUGGAGGGUCUUAUGAGUGUAAGAUUACAUUGCCUCCAAAUGCGGCUUUCCAAACUUUAGUUGGCCCUGCAUGCAAGAAAUCUUCUUUAGCAAAGCAGCUUGUCUGCUUGGAAGCAUGUAAGCAGCUACAUCAAAUGGGUGCCCUGAAUGACCAUCUUCUCCCAGUCAUUGAUGUGCCCGAUGUGAAAAGAAAAGAGGAAGCUUCUGGUGCAGGAACUACUAAAAGGAAGGAACUACAUGGUACAAAUGACAUUCGUAUGCUAUCUGGAACUUGGGGGGAGAAACUUGAUGGUGCUAUUUUUCAGGCAUAUAAGUUUGACUUCUCCUGUAAUAUUGCCAGUGAGUUGUAUUCUGGAUUUGUUUUUCUCAUUGAAUCGAAGCUUGCUGAUGAUGUGGGGAAUAUCAAAUUGGAUCUUUACCUGCUUUCGAAGACAGUUAAGGCUUCUGUUUCUUCUGGUGGGGAGGUUCAUUUGGAUGGGGAACAGAUGGAAAAAGCAAAGUGCUUCCAGGAAUUUUUCUUUAAUGGAUUGUUUGGGAAAUUGUAUGGAACCAAAUCAGCUAGAAAACAGAGAGAACUUUUACUGGAGAAAGAAACAAGAAAACUGUGGACUCCAUCAUGCUUGUAUUUGCUUCUUCCGGUUGAGACAUUGAAUGAUUCAAAAGAUGAAUCCUGGAGAAUAAAUUGGGCAGGGAUCAAUUCUUGUGUUUCUGUGGUAGAGUUCUUAAAGAGAAACUCGUCUUUGGGCAGUCACCAGUGUAACCUUGACACAGGGAAUUCAGUUCCAAGUAGAACUGUCUCAUCUGAGACUGAGUGCAGCAGUGCGGGGAUAGUUCACUUUGCUAAUUGCUCUGUUGAUGUAAAAAAUCUCAAAGAUACGGUGGUGGUGGCUAUCCAUACUGGAAGAAUCUACUCAGUUUAUGAGGUUAUGAGUAACACUUCGGCUGAGAGUCCUUUUGAUGGAAAGAAAGACAAUGUACCAUCACAAUAUACUUCAUUUUCUGAGUACUUCAACAAAAAAUAUGGGAUUGUGCUCCUAUAUCCUGGUCAGCCUCUGUUGCGACUGAAACAAAGUCAUAAUCCGCACAACCUUCUUGUGAACUUCAAUGGUGAAGGUGGUAAUGGUAAGACAUUGCAAUCUGGCGUUGUUAUUGGAAAGCAGCGCAUGUAUGCUCACAUGCCACCUGAGCUUCUAGUCACUAUUGGUGUCCCAAGAGACGUUCUAAAGUCAUGUUAUUUACUACCAUCAUUGAUUCAUCGCUUGGAGUCCCUGAUGCUAGCCAGUCAACUUAGAGAAGAGAUUAAUUAUCAUUGUAGCAGCUUUGGGAUAUCAAGCUCAUUGAUUCUAGAAGCACUUACAACACUAAGAUGUAAUGAUGAUUUUUCUAUGGAGCGCCUGGAAUUGCUUGGUGAUUCAAUUUUAAAAUAUACCGUGAGCUGCCACCUCUUUCUCAAAUACCCCAAAAAGCAUGAAGGACAGUUAACUAACUAUCGCAUGCUGACUAUUUGUAACUCAAAUCUACAUAGAUUGGGAAUGAAUCGCAAGUUACAGGGAUAUAUCCGUGAUGGUGCAUUUGACCCAUGUCGUUGGGUUGCUCCAGGGCAGAUUUCUCUACGACCUGUUCCUUGUAAUUGUGGAGUGGAGACUUUAGAAGUACCUUUAGAUAGCAAAUUCCAAACUGAAGACCCAAAAGUUGUGGUUGGAAAGAGCUGUGAUAAGGGCCAUAGAUGGAUGUGUUCAAAAACAAUCUCUGAUUGUGUUGAAGCCCUUAUAGGAGCAUACUAUGUUGCUGGUGGAUUGCCUGCUGCCUUGCAUGUGAUGAAGUGGCUCGAUAUUGAUGUAGAACUUGAACCUUCCUUGGUUGCUGAUGCAAUUAUGACGGCAUCUCUUCAUUCGUACACCUCGAAAGCUAAUGAGAUUGCAGUCUUGGAGUCAAAGCUUCACUAUGAAUUUUCUACCAAGGGUCUCUUACUGGAGGCCAUGACACAUGCAUCUGACCAAGAAUCAGGAGGUGGCUACUGUUAUGAGCGACUUGAAUUUCUAGGCGACUCUGUGUUGGACCUGCUUAUCACAAGGCAUCUCUAUCACAGCCACACAGAUAUUGAUCCAGGCGAGUUAACUGACUUGCGCUCAGCUUCUGUUAAUAAUGAAAGUUUUGCGCAAGUUGCUGUUAGACAUGACCUCCAGCAGCAUCUGCAACAUGCAUCGAUGUUACUUCUAAGUCAGAUAACAGAAUAUGUGAAGUCUCUUUCAGAACCUGACAAUGGUACCACACUUCAAGGCACCAAAGGUCCUAAGGCUCUUGGAGACAUGGUGGAAAGUAUUGCAGGGGCUAUUCUAAUUGAUACCAAACUUAAUCUUGAUGAAGUGUGGAGAAUUUUUGAGCCAUUAUUAUCUCCAAUUGUGACUCCUGACAAACUUGAGCUGCCUCCACUACGGGAGCUGAUUGAAUUAUGCGACUUGUUCGGGUACUAUAAAAAAGAGAAGUGUACCAAUAAGGGUGAAACAGUUCAUGCGGAGCUGACUGUACAACUGAAAGAUGUUCUGUUGACUGGAGAGGGGUGCGAUCGGACUAAAAAAGGUGCAAAAGGAGAAGCAGCUCGUCGUUUACUCAAGAAACUUGAGGAAAGAGGUAUUUCAUUUUCCAAGAAGAGGAAACUGGAUGCUGACCAAUUAGGUGAUUCCUCUUCCCUUGACAUCAACCAUAAGGUCAGCGACCAAGUAACUGUCAAAGAUUCUUCAGCGUUAAUGGUCUAUAAAAGGCGAAAGACAACUGAAAUGCCUCUAGCUGUUCCACCAACUGGAGUUUCUCCUUCAGUAAUUGCCAGGAAAACCUCUAGCCCCAACAAUGCCGCCCCAGUCAUUAAAGCAAUCAACAUGAAGAAAGGAGGGCCUCGAUCUGCUCUUUUUGCUCUGUGCAUGAAACAACAGUGGCCAAAGCCGGGCUUUAAAAUAACAGAAACUCAGUCAAGAACUCCAAUCACAUUUGGUGAAAGCUCAACCAAGUACUUCAACAGUUUUGUCGCACAAGUAACCUUGCACAUACCCAACUCCGGCGUCAUUGAAUGCACAGGAGAUGCUAGACCUGACAAGGGGAGUUCAGAAGAUUCUGCAGCCGUCGUCUUGUUUCAAGAGCUUCAACGGCAGGGAAGAGUUGUAAUUGGUGGCUGAUAAGAUAUCUUUUUCCGGCUAGUUUCAUAAUUUAAGAAUCGGAGGGUUUAAUAAUUUUCGAAUCCACCAUCCCAGUUAUCUUUGUUCUUAUGGAGCAGUUGGGAUCUCGCAUUGCCAUGGAUCCAUGGAGCAUAGUUUAUCUCAAUGUAAGUGGAUUAACAUCACCAGGAAUAAAACUGUAAAUUAUGUGCUGCCUU